AUGGUCGGCCUGACCCAAAUUCAGCGCAGGAGUUUGAGGGUUCCCAAUCGGGGCGACGCGACGUCACAUCCCGCCAACAAGGUCCAGCUCUACCUCUCGCGCACGCGCGAUCCCUAUCUUAACCUCUCCAUCGAGCACCACCUCCUCCAAAACAGUCCCGCGGAUUCCACCAUCCUGUUUCUCUACACCAACCGUCCCUGCAUCGUCAUCGGCCGUAACCAGAACCCCUGGGUCGAGGUGAACCUGCCGCUGAUCGAGCAGCUCAGGGCCCAGCGCGAAGCCGGCGACGGAGAUGCCCUGCGCAUCGAACUCGUGCGCCGGCGCUCCGGCGGCGGCACCGUCUUCCACGACGGGGUAACGCACGCCGAGAUGGUCGUGCGGGCCCUCCGCCGCCUCGGCGUCGCAGGGGCCAAGGUGAACUGUCGACAUGACAUUGUCGUCGACGUUGAUGCCAAGGGGUCUGCUGGGGCCGCCGAAAGCGCGGGCACCGGCGCCUGCCCCGUCGAACAGCAGGGUCUUUCGACGUUCAAGGUAUCCGGGUCAGCGUACAAGCUGACGAGGCUGAGGUCUCUACACCAUGGCACCUGUCUCCUCUCAUCGCCCAACCUAGGCAGCAUCUCGAAGUACCUGCGCUCCCCGGCAGAACCCUUUAUCAAGACGAGGGGCGUUGAAAGCGUGCGUUCCAAGGUGAGGAACGUCGGGGUCGAGAACGAGGCUUUCGAGCAGGCCGUGCGCGACGAGUUUGGAAAGAUGUACGGAAAGUUUGACGUCGACCUUGUCGUCGGCGACGAGGCCCUGGAUAUCUCAAACGUCAGCAACGGCGUAAAGGAACUCAAGGCCCGGGACUGGAUCUACGGACAAACGCCUCGCUUCGUGCUUUCUACUACCCCUACGGACGACGAUCCUAGGCAGCGCGUCGGGCUUCCAUUCGAUACACAACUGCACCUUGACGUUCGCCAGGGUAUGAUUCAAGAACUAAGAGUGGACGGGAAGCCAACGUCGCCAGGCGAUGUGGCAAAAGACUCUCUACUAAACACACCCUUUUUCGAACUACCGAGCUGGGAACACCUUCUCGCCGCCGGUAGUCUCGGAGCAUCUCGGGUCGACGUGGUGGCACCUUGGCUCAAGAGCCUCCUUGGUGACGCAUGCAAACCAAAAGACCCAUGA